AUGGACAACAUCCCAAUAUCGGGCCUACAAGAGUUGCAGACUCAUCUACAGCUGUUACUUGGUGACCCUUCUCUGCCAUUCAACGUGAAGCUUUUAGACGAUGUCGAGCUUCAGCUCACCGAGGACAAUAUCCCCCCCCUCCUACCAGUCUUGCUGCCUCCCCUGACAGAAAUUCUGAAGUCCACGACGCAAGACCCAACACCGUUACUGUCCCUGACAAUCAAGCUACUGUCGCCACUAUCAUUCACUCGGACUCUUACCAUUGCCGAUCCGCCAUCACUACUCACAGCUUUGAGCUCGCCACUGCCAGGGGCUAAUUUGCUUGCACUGGCUAUUAUCCAAAAAGCUGCAAAGUCGCCCUCAGAUGCAUCUAUACUGAGUACGUUGCCUGAGGUUGUCGAAAUGCUUGUCAAGUCCUGGCUAGCCAGCACAGAUGUAGGGGUCGGUGAGCGUGCAGCUAGAGUGCUCGGUGACCUGCUGGAGACAGACUGCGAGGCUGUUGACAAUAAUACACAUAUUGGCGAUUCCAGGGCCCAAAUUAACGGAGAUGAAGUCAUCAAGCGCCGUGUUCCAGGCCAUGGCAGAUUAUGGCGCCUAAUCCUGUUGAGCCGACCCAACCUAACCCUUAUACAACAACUUUGCUCACCCAACUCUACAUAUCUGGGCCAACCACGUACUACGCACCAGGUUACUAUCUCUCAGGGCCGGCUUCUAAGGCUUUUGCCGCGCCUCUGCACUCUAAACAUCGGUGCCUUGAGCCAUCCUCUAUUCCAAGAUCUUUUUGUCCUGCCGGAAGAAAUCAGAAGCCGAGCGGGUGGUGGACUGCUUCAAUGGGCAGCCCUCGGCAUGGUGGACAAGUCGGACACGUUGAUGCACCUCAGUCUUGUGGACUUUUUUGAAACUUUCGUCAGCGUUAUGCGAGUGUCAAGACGCUCUGCUGAAAUGGAUGCAUUUAUACGCAAGCUUAUGGCGACCGCGCUUGAGGGCGAUAGCGAGCUUGAGGGUGCGCUCAAGACUCUCCCAGACAGGACUAUUGAAGACGAGGCGGAGCCUCUACGGGCAUACAUAACAGGACUACUUAGCUAA